CUUUGGUGGUCUUCUAGUCACGUGGAAUGGAACCACAGUGGAAAGGCGGGGCCUUGGAGGCGUUGCUCCUUCUCCACUCACGUGAGAUGGAGCCGCAGCGGAAGGGGCGGAGCCUGCAGGGGCCGGGGCAGGGCUGCUUCUCCACUCGGCCAUAGAAACACAAAGGAAGGGGCGGUUCGGGGCAUAUUUCCUCCUCUCUCCUCCGGCCCGCAGGGGUCGCUCUAGAAGGCGCAGCCGAGGUAGUGCUCGAACAAUGGCGGCCUCCGUGAUCCCCGCCUCGGGUCCACGGGCGGCGCGGUCCAUGCUGGGGCUUGUGGUACUGCCUGGGGAGGAGCUGCUGCUGCCCGAGUCGGCGGGGCCGGGCAGCGAGGGCUCCGCGGAGCAGACGCUGCGCUUGGGGUCAGUAGUGCGGCCUCGCGCGCGCGUGGUGUGCGGCCCGGGCCUACGGCGCUGCGGAGACCGCCUGCUGGUCACCAAGUGCGGGCGGCUCCGACACAAGGAGCCCAGCGGAGGCGGAGGCGGAGGCGGCGUAUACUGGGUGGACUCCCAGCAGAAACGAUAUGUCCCUGUUAAAGGAGACCAUGUGAUAGGCAUUGUGACUGCUAAAUCUGGUGACUUGUUCAAGGUUGAUGUUGGAGGAAGUGAGCCAGCUUCUCUGUCUUACUUAGCAUUUGAAGGAGCAACCAAAAGAAACAGACCAAAUGUACAGGUGGGAGACCUCAUUUAUGGCCAAUUUGUUGUUGCCAAUAAGGACAUGGAACCAGAGAUGGUCUGUAUUGAUAGCAACGGAAGAGCCAAUGGAAUGGGUGUAAUUGGACAAGAUGGCCUGUUGUUUAAGGUGACACUGGGUUUAAUCAGAAAGCUUUUAGCUCCUGAAUGUGAAAUUAUCCAGGAGAUAGGAAAACUCUACCCAUUAGAAAUAGUAUUUGGAAUGAAUGGAAGAAUAUGGGUAAAAGCAAGAACUAUUCAACAGACUUUAAUUCUGGCGAAUGUUUUAGAAGCCUGCGAACACAUGACAACAGAGCAAAGAAAGCAGAUAUUUUCCAGGUUGUCAGAAAGUUGAUGCUGCUUCUCCGCUUCAUUCUUUUAUGUGGAAUAUGAUAUGAACUAGUGGUAACACUGAGGCUUUUAUAAGAACUUCUUCAUCUUCAGAUGAAACCUUUCCUUCUCACCAAUUCCUUGGGAUAAUGUAAAAUAAAUUUUUUUUGAAAAAAAUUUUUAUUAGUAAGAAAGCCAUUAAUCUGAGCCAUUAAAAAAAGCCAUUUUCUGCGAGGAUACCCCUUCUCAGUGAAGUAGCCAAUCCCAACUGGGCUAUCUUCAGUGGAUCCAGGCCACAAGAAGAAGUGGUUCACAAAGAGCAAGAAUGAGCUCGAGGUUGGGAAGGAAUGGGGUAAGAAUUAUUGAGGACAGCAGCAGAGUUUGUUACUCCGCAUGCCAACCCUGCAGUUCCCAUUCCUGUCACCUGCCGUUUGGCCUCCUUUCUUGAAACUGAAACCACGGAGCUUGUGAAUGCAUGUCAGCUGUUAAUAAAUGGUUUUUAGUACAUUCUUGGCUUUGCUGUAUCUAGUGCUUGUUUUGUGCUUUCUCCCCCUUCCCCUCUCUCUCCAUUUUCCUCUUUCAAAGCAUGUGUUUUCUUGCAGAUGAAUGAAAACUGCCAUCCUCAUUGAGGGUGGGGACUCCUGGGGAUGCAGUGCUCUUCUAUUUCCCUUCUUAGCUUUCUCUGUUUUACUGUAGAAACACUGCGUAAACUUUGUUAAAACUCCA